AUGUCCUCCCCGUCUCGCAUCAACAAUUCCGAUUCGGAAUCAGUUUCGUCCAUCGACAGCUUCGAUCCGCCCCCUACCUUCGAGACGAAGAGAAUCACCAGAAACGAUGCUCUUCAACAAGUCGAAGAUCUCGUUCACGAAAUCGGCAACUUGGGCUGUGACCAAGAGUCCCUAAAGCCCAAAGUCGCCCAAGUCUUGACCGAGCCAGUUCUUCGUGUCCUGCCCCCUGAAAUGAAAACUCGCAUUCUGGAAUGGGCUCAUCAAUAUGACCCUGCUAUGUUCCGGCAAAUCAUCCAAUUCAUAGACGAUGACAUCGGAGAGUGGGAAUACACUAUCGAAGUCCCAAACAGACGAAAGGAUAUGCCAUGGCACGGCAUUGGAGCCGACAUCCUUCGAUUCUUUGUGGCCGAUCUCAAGCCACUCCGUAAGGGACUUCCAGAAGUGGAGCGUCGAACUGUCGUCAACAAUGUACGACACGGACUUUCGCUCUUUGCCGACUUCCAUGAUGAAAAGGUUGGCGCUGCUGAAAGGGAAGCGCAGACGGCCAUUGCUGCACUUGCUCUCCGGGAAGAGGCAAUCUCCGACUAG